UGUGCUCCACAGACAGCUGACCUGAACAAAGAUGUAGCUUUGAGCACUGAGACCCUGCAGACGUCCAGGACUGAGAUCGGAGAGGUCCGAAGAACUCUUCAGACUUUGGAGAUCAAACUGCAGGCUCAGAUCAGCAAGAAAGGAGCUCUGGAGGCCAGUCUGGCUGAGACCAGGAGCCGCUACGCCAACAUGCUGGCAGGUUACCAGAGGCAGGUGGAGGCUCUGGAGGAGCAGCUGGCCCAGCUGAGGGCCGACCUGGAGAACCAGAAGAUCAUGUACGCCGAACUGCUGGACAUCAAGACCAGACUGGAGCUGGAGAUUGCAGAGUACAGGAGGCUGCUGGACGGAGGAAU